AUGAGAGGCGAGCCUACACCUGCAUGGGACUAUGGGAACAACACCAUUUGGGAGAAAUACAUUGACAUCUCUUUCAUUGUGGCAAACUGCUUGAUUCUGUUGAUCACUUCUCUUGUAGGUAUUGCAGCAAAUAUUUUUGUCAUACUGGCAGUCUAUCACCAAAAAUCACUGCAAACGUGGAAUAAUGCGCUAGUGGUGAAUCUUGCAGUUAUUGACAUUCUUCGAUGUGUAAUUGACUGCCCCAUUCUCCUUUUCAUUGUUCUGGUCGUGUAUCAAAGAGGACAUGUGGACGAGUUGAUCUGUGAUACACAAGUGGCUUCUUUCUCUUUCAGCUGCUGCAUUCAAUUGAUUACACUGGCUUGUAUAAGUGCGGAGAGAUACCAGGCCAUUGCACAGCCUUUCAAAACUGCUCAAAGGAGAAGACGGAUUAUGGUAUUGAUUCCUCUCACAUGGAUCUUAGCUAUUCUGGUGGCUGGUUUUUGUCUGAUAUUUGUGAGAGACUCACCCGUGCAUGUUAAAUGCAAAGGAUCACAAGGAGAAACAUCAUCCUCCUAUGAUACCUUUGGACUUUACAUGUUGUUCCCACUAUGGGCAGCUUGCUUUGGUGUGAUCAGUGGAUUCUAUGCUCGCAUAUUUACCCUUGUAAGAUCACACAAUCGCAAAAUAUUUGACAAAGGUACUUUUCCCCUCUCUAAAAAAGAGCAAACAGAGGAUAAACAGAAGAAAGAAGAAUCCGUGGCUGUGGAAAAUGGACAAGGAAAGUCAGAGCAAACCCAGACUUUGAACAGUGUUGCUCAGGUGGAGCUGGUGACACAAGCUGAACCAAAUUCAUCCAAGAAAGAUUCAACAACUGCUCUACUGACCUCAAAAAAAGUGACACAAAGUGUCUCCAUCGAUUCAGAGAAUAAGAAAGGAUUAAAAAAUACAGUGGAGAUAACUGAGUUGGGAACAGAACAUCAUCAUCCUGCAGUGCAGACUGACAAGAAACCUUUUAAAGCAGAGCAGUCUAACCCGUGUACUAUGAAAGUUGAAGCAAAACUAUCAAAAGGGGAUGGUGCCUCUAGUGUUAUGAGCUCAACCGCAAAGCCCCAGAAGGUGUCAGGCAAUUUCGACACAGAAAAGCAGUCCAAAGAGAGAGUGAAAAGUGACAAAGCACCCUCUGAAAUGAAAGAAACAAGUCCCCAUGUUCCCUCCUCUGCACAGUUAGACAAUCCUGAAUCCACUUCUGUUUUGCUGAUUGAACCGAAACAGGUUAAGAACAGCAACGGAGGAGUAACAUUGGCUGUUGUAACAGUAGGUCAAGUGUCUUCAUUGCCUCCAGUGUCAAAUACCCUCCCUGAAGUAGAAUCUACAAAACAAAAUGUGGAAACGGAAGGUGCCGUUUGCAUGAUGCCUUCAAAAGCUGGUAAAGAAAGAGCGAACAAAAAGAAGGAAAGCAAGAUGGCCAAACGUGCUGGUUACAUAAUUAUGACCUUCCUCUUAUUCUGGCUACCUUUGAUCACAACUAUCCUGAUGAAUUUCAUAGUUCACAAAAACAAGAAUACACAGAUUACAGUCAUUCAGGACGUGGAGAUCCUGUCGGUGUCUGUUGCCUGCAUCACAUCACUGAGUGACCCAAUAAUAUACGCCGCAGUCAACCCUCAGUUUCGGACAGAGUUUUACAGGCUCAAGAACAGGGUUAAAUCCAUAUUCAAUAAGAAAUGA